AGAAAAAGCCACACUUCACAAUCUUCCUGAGGCAAAACAAAAGCUGAGCCCAGCUGUGGUGCUCGGGAGUGGGCAAGGGCCAGUUGUCCUCACUGCCGACACAUAGUCUGGAGUACUGUAGAAACUUCUAGUACCUUACUUUUUAUUUGUGAAACUCGGAUUGAUUGCCCUUGCAAGGCAGGAUGCAGAAACACAGGAGCAAGCUGAUGGAAAGCGACACCAUGGAGAGCAGCCAGAUGAAAUGAGGGCAAAAACAGUGGUAUUCCACACAGACUCCGACCAGAAUGAAAAGCAGUGAUUCACAGAGCACUGCAAUAGACAGGCCUGGCUUUCACUUUGAGAACAAUUGUGAGAUCAGGGUCAGUGAGGGGUGCAGGUUGGGAGGCAUCAAGAUAAAAGGCAGCCAGGCUCCUUCUCCCUGGAGAUGUGUUGCUGUUAACCUCAAUCCAUUCCCUUAAUCCUUUUCUGUCACUCCACCCCCACAACUCCUCCUGUUGACCAGUGCUCUGGGCCUUUAAGAGUUAGAUAGGCUGGACCUAGGAAAGCGCUCACACCUCUCCCCACUCCACUCCUCUCUGGCUGUAACUCUGCCAGUUACAGCCGGCAAACUGCAGCAGGGUAGAAGCAGUCAAGUGCAAAGGAGAAAAGGAGUCUUCUCAUUCUCAGUGGAGAGCAUUGUGGAGCUCGGGAGACGACGCUCACAGACACAGGAUUACUAUCCUACCCACGGUGACUCUGGCACCAGCUGGUGGAGCAGUGGGGGAUGGCAUCUCAGAUUCAAAAGCUACUGACCACUAAUCAGGACCUGCUGCUGAUGCAAAAAGGAACGAUGAUGCGCAAGGUGAGGACCAAAAGCUGGAAGAAGCUAAGAUACUUCAGACUUCAGGAUGACGGCAUGACGGUCUGGCAUGGGCGGCACCUUGAAAGCAUAUCCAAGCCCACUUUUUCAAUCUCUGAUGUGGAGAGGAUCCGUAAGGGCCAGGAUUCUGAGCUGUUGCGCUAUCUGGUGGAAGAGUUCCCCCUGGAGCAAGGCUUCACCAUUGUCUUUAAUGGGCGCCGCCCCAACCUGGACCUAGUGGCCAACAGUGUUGAAGAGGCCCAGACUUGGAUGCGAGGACUCCAGCUGUUGGUGGAUCUCGUCGCCAGAAUGAACUACCAGGAGCAGCUGGAUCAAAUGUUGAGAGAAUGGUUCCAACAAGCAGACAGAAACCAGGACAGCCGGAUGAGUUUCAGAGAAGCUCAACGGCUGCUGCUUCUGAUGAAUGUGGAAAUGGAUGAAGAAUAUGCCUUCAGUCUUUUUCAGGAAGCAGAUGUUUCCCAAUCUAAUACUCUGGAUUCAGAAGAAUUUGUACAGUUCUAUAAGGCCCUGACUAAGCGCACUGAGAUUGAAGAACUAUUUGAGAACUUUUCAUCUGACAAACAGAAGCUGACCUUGCUGGAAUUUGUAGAUUUCCUUAGAGAGGAACAGAAAGAAAGCGACCAUUCCUCUGACCUUGCUCUGAAACUCAUUGACCGCUAUGAGCCUUCUGAGAAUGGCAGAUUGCUACGUGUGCUGAGCAAGGAUGGCUUCCUCAGCUACCUCUGCUCAGCGGAUGGAAACAUCUUCAACCCCGACUGCCUCCCUAUCUAUCAGGAUAUGACUCAGCCUCUGAGUCACUACUACAUCAACUCCUCUCACAACACCUACCUACUGGGUGACCAGUUUUGUGGCCAGAGCAGCGUUGAAGGAUACAUACGGGCCUUGAAACGGGGGUGCCGCUGUGUGGAGGUGGAUACGUGGGACGGACCUGACGGAGAGCCCGUUGUUUAUCAUGGGCGUACACUGACCUCUCGUAUCCUGUUCAAAGAUGUUUUGGCAACAUUAGCACAAUAUGCCUUCCAGUCGUCAGACUACCCACUCAUCUUAUCUCUGGAUAACCACUGCACUUGGGAACAGCAGAAGACCAUGGCACACCAUCUGAUUGCGAUCCUGGGAGAGCAGCUGCUGAGUACCACCCUAGAGGAACAACUGAUUGAUAUAAUGCCCUCGCCAGAGCAGCUUCGGGGGAAGAUCUUGGUAAAAGGAAAGAAGUUGAGAACAAUUGAGGUUGUUGAGUCUGACAAGGAGGAAGAAGAGCUGGAGAAAGAUGAGGGGUCAGAUCUGGACCCAGCCUCCGCUGAGCUUGACAUGCAGUCUCAGCCCGAGUCCCAGGAGCAGGCCUCUGGGAACAAGAGCAAGAACAAGAAGAAGGUUAUGAAGUGUCCGAUGUCUUGUCUGCUUAUCUGUGCUCAUGUUUUGGCCCAGGCUCCUAAUUCCAUUCCUGAGUCCAUUCUCUUGCCAAAGAAGUUUCUUCUCCAGAGUUCCACAACCAUCCUAUGCCCAGACCUAUCUGCCCUGGUUGUCUACUUGAGGACUGCUCCCUUCUGCAGCUUCACUCACUCCAAAGAAAACUACCACAUCUACGACAUUUCAUCCUUUUCUGAGUCCAAGGCCAAGAACCUCAUCAGGGAGGCAGGCAAUGAGUUUGUACAGCACAAUGCCAGACAGCUAUGCCGUGUAUACCCCAGUGGUCUGAGGACAGAUUCAUCGAACUAUAACCCCCAGGAACACUGGAAUGUUGGCUGCCAAAUGGUGGCCAUGAACAUGCAGACUGCAGGAAGUGCAAUGGACAUCUGUGAUGGGCUCUUCCGCCAGAAUGGGGGCUCUGGCUAUGUGCUGAAGCCAGAAUUCCUGAGAGAUACCCAGAGUUCCUUCAAUCCCAUGAAGCCCGUUAGUCUUUAUAAAGCCCAGAUCCUUGUAGUCCAGGUGAUCAGUGGUCAAAGACUCCCCAAAGUGGACAAAACCAAAGAGACAACCGUUGUGGAUCCACUGGUGAGAGUAGAGCUCUAUGGUGUUCCUGAAGACACAAAGCAGCAAGAGACCAGCUAUGUGGAGAACAAUGGUAUUAAUCCAUACUGGGGGGAGACAUUCUAUUUCCAGAUCCAGGUGCCUGAACUUGCUAUGCUGCGUUUUGUGGUAAAGGAUUAUAGCAGGACAUCCCGAAAUAACUUUAUAGGCCAAUACACCCUGCCUUGGACCUGCAUGAAACAUGGCUACCGACAUGUAUCCUUGCUCUCCAAAGACGGCACUAGCCUCCAUCCAGCCUCCAUCUUUGUGUACACCUGCAUGCAAGAAGACCUGGAUAUGGAUGAGCCCUGAGGCAUGGGACUAUUGGACCCUGGCCACCUACCUGGCAGUAGCUCCUGUGAUGGAAGGCCCUGAACAGCAGAAAGUUCUCCCCGUGUACUGGCUCCAUGGCUCCGUUGAUGCUGCCGGAAGAGUUUGACGUUGGAGCCCAUGAAGCUGCAAUGGCUGCAGUGGAAAGGGUAAUGGGCCUGCCGAUGCAGCUCCAUUCCCUGCUGACUCCCAAAAAGCAGGGAGCAGCCCCGGAAUGAACAGGGCACAGGAACUGCCUUGUGGGUCUGUCUCAGGUGAUGCUGCAGACCCUUGCGAUCUUCAGCAGAGAACACACAGCCAGACUCUGGGCAGGAGAACAUGUUGGGAGUGACCCGGUGAAUCUUGAAGUGGCUCUUCAAGGCCUGGGGUUGGACAAACUCUUGUCUACAUACAGGACAUAGCAGGGGGCUAUCUGGCAGGCUGGGGUCCUGUAGAGGGCCAUGGAGGGUGAGGUUGCUGGGGGGCAGCUCUACAGAGCAUGGGGGACUAGAGAGGUCCUGCACAGCCUGAAUAUGGGUCUCAGUGCACUGGUGCAGGGAGAGCAGAGUAGGCUCUGCAAAGCUCUGUUCACAGCGCUCACAGAAGUAUACCUCCACCACCUUUACCAGGACACCUGCAGGCAGAGGACCGACAGAGAAAGGCACAGAAUCAGAUGGAACAAGACUUGAAGGAGUUAGUCACUAGUAGAAACGUAGGUGAAUCUUUUCUAGUCAUGGAAUACAGACAGACUUCAAGUCUGGCUCUGUACUAGGCUAUAAUAAGCCUAUAGGUCAGGGAUAACCUGUCUGGUAUCUGGCAUGUCUUUGGAUUUCUCAUGUCUGGUGAAAUAUUUGGCAAGAUGAGUGCUUAGUAAGUGUGUUAAUGAAUCAACAAACAAUAAAAUCCAGAAAGCAUAUUUAGGGGGCACAGUCUAUAAAUUGCCUACCAUAUAAGCAUGAAUACUUGAGUUUGGAUCCCCAGCACUGAGGGUGCAAUGACAGGCAGAUUGUAGAGCUUAUUGGUCAGGUGGCCUUAAGCAAACCGGUGAGUUCCAGGUACAGUAAGAGACCCUGUCUCAAAAAAGGGGGGAGGGGCUGCUGAAAAGACAUUUGCCACCAAACCUAACGACCUGCAUUCAAUCCUCAGAACCCACAUGGUAGAAGCAGAGAACUGGAACUGAAGUCCAUACCUCCCCCCCCCCCUCUCUCUCUCUCUCUCACACACACACACACACACACCAGAACUAAAUAAGACGUAAAGGAAAAUAAAAAUGUAGAGAGCAACUGAGGAAGAUCCCCAGUACUGAUCUGUCAUCUACGAAAGAGCAUAUAUGUGCACACACACAAACAUAUAUACACACCACAUACAUACACAACGGCAAAUAAAAAUUAGAAAUAAAAUAAGAAUGAGAAACUUUCAAGAGAAUAUCAGACUAGAAAAAUAUCUAAUAUAGAUUAUGAAAGGCAUAUUUUGCCGAAAUAAAAUUUAGAAAGUUUCAAGAGAACAAUGACAGACUAGGAAAAAUGUCCAAUAUAAAUGAUGUGUUAUGCUGGAGAAAUGGCUCAGUGUGAAGAGUACUGGCUGUUCUUCCAGAAGACAGAUUAAAUUCCUAUCAUCCACAACUGUCUGAACUCCAGUUCUAGGGGAACCUGUUACGUCCUUCUAGCCUUCAGAGGCACCAGGCACACAUGGACAUACAUGGAGGCAAAACAGACACACAUGAAUAUCAAAAAGCUAAGGAAUAUGUGUCAAAGUCUAUAAAGAAAAAUCCAGACAAAAAUUUAAAAAAAAAAAAAAACUUUUUCAGAAGAGCUAGAUAUAAUAACUGCUAAUUUUUAAAGGAGUGAGCAGAUCUUGAAGAUGGUAAGAUUUAGUCUUCCAGCUGCUCUGAAAAGGGCAACUUGGAACUCCACAAAGUUAAGACCACACUCAUUAGUGGCAGAACCUCAACCCAAGCUCAGGGCAGCGUGGCUUACAUUUUAUUCUGCCAGCUGCUUGCUCUCUAUUGUUAUUCAUUGUUUUACUGAGAGGGGGUAGUGAGACAAGAGUCUGGCUGUCUUGAAAUGUGUUAUGUAGAUUAGAAGGGCCUUGGACUCAGAGAUUUGCCUGCCUCUGCUUCUGGAGUACUGGGAUUAAAGGUGUGCAUUACCACAUUUGACUGUUGUUUUCAAACUAUCCUCUCCAACCCCUGUUCACUUGCUUUAGGACAAAGUUGUUGGGCUCUUUGUUUGUUUGAAACAGAGUCUUUUUAAAAAAAUUACAUUUACCUCUUUAUUUAGGUAUUUGUAUAUAUGUGUGCCAUGGUACAUGUAUCAAGGGCAAGGAACAACUUCUUGGGAGUUUAGUUUUUUUCUACUUUUGUUUUUGAGGCAAGGUCUCUUCUGCCCCCAUGAUGUGUAUCUGAGCUUCCCAGAUUCUGGAUGAGUUUCCUCUCUGUACCUCUCAUCUCUCAAAGGAGUGUUGGGUUAUAGAUCCAAGCCAUCUCAUACAUAUACACUUUCUACAUGGUUCUAAGAAUGAAAUUCAGGUUGUCAGGCAAACACUUUUGUCUGGUAAACCAUUGUACGGAAGCAUGAGACAGGGUUUUGACAUGUACCCAUGCUGGUUUAUGUAGCUUAGGCUAGUCUCAAAUUCUAGAUCCUUCGGCCUGUUUCCUGAGGACUAGGAUUAAAGGAAUGCUGGGAUUACUGAUGCAGACUAGGACACUUGUAGUGUGUUGGCCUAAUGCUCCUUGUAUUUUAAUGCUAAUUUUGGGUCUCCAAGAAUGGUUGCCCCAGAGACACCCCCAAGUUAUUUCUGAUUGGUAAAGAUGCCAACAACCAACAGCUGUGCAGAAGAGACAUAGGUGAGGUCUAGGUCUUCCCAGGCUUGGGAUCAGAGAGGGACCAUGAGGAGGAAGGAGGAAGAAAAUGCAGGAGAGGAGGAAGAAGCUGCCAUGGGUUAGGAGUCAAGAGAACAUGACUCUCUGGGUUGCCCAAUUGGAGUUAAGAACAGCCAAAAUGAAAAAUAGUAAUAACUCAGGGUUGGCAACAGGAAAGUAGAUUCUAAUAGUGUAUCAGCUACUGUACUGUUUAAGGCUUAUUGCAACCUUAUAAAGGUUGCAUGUGUCUUUCAUCUGGGAACUUAAAUAGCUAAGGCAGGGUAAAAACCUUGGGCCUGGAUUAAAUAAUUUCUACAACACACACUCACUUAUCCAAGUUAUUUUUAUGUGACUACAUAUUAAAUCUACUCUAUCUUUUCUUUUCUUUUUUUUUUUUUUUAAGAUUUAUUUAUUUAUUAUAUAUAAGUACACUGUAGCUGUCUUCAGAUACACCAGAAGAGGGCAUCGGAUCUCUUUACAGAUGGUUGUGAGCCACCAUGUGGUUGCUGGGAAUUGAACUCAUGACCUCUGGAAGAGCAGUCAGGUGCUCUUAACCGCUGAGCCAUCUCUCCAGCCCCUACUCUAUCUUUUCAACCUGUUUGUAGCACUUCAUAGCACUGAUAAAUCUAAAUGAAAUUCUGCCUCAUGGACCACUAAGAUGUUCCCAAAAACAACAACAACAACAACAAGAAUGACGAUGUCAAUAACACCCCAUCCCUUGCAUGUGUGUUUUCCUGUAAGAGGUGGUUCUGAAGUGGAAUUACUAUGACAGAACGUGCAUAUUGUAAAAUUUUCUACAAAGCUUAACUGAUCUUCAAAAGCUUAAUUUGGGUUGUAGAUGCAGCUUAGUAGCAGUAUAACCAUUAGCUACUAUAUACAAUAAUCUGGGUUCACACCCCAGAGGCAGAUCUUUGUUCUAUGCAAAUCUAGUCUAUAUAGCAAAUUUCCUACCAAAUCAGCUAGAGCUAGGAAGAGUGUAUAAAAAACAAACCCCAGAGUUGCAAGAUUAUAUAUCCUUAUAUAGCCUCUCCUCAACUCUAGGCAUUUUAAAAAUAUGUACACUUUUUAAGGGGCUGGGGAUUUAGCUCAGUGGUAGAGCGCUUACCUAGGAAGCUCAAGGCCCUGGGUUCGGUCCCCAGCUCCGAAAAAAAGAACCAGAAAAAAAAAAAAAAAGUACACUUUUUAAAAAAAAAAAGUUAAUUUAUUUUUAUUUUAUGAGCAUUGAUUAGUGUUUUGCCUGUGAUGUGAAUGCUGGGAAUUAAACCCGGGUCCUCUGCAAGAGCAGCCAAUGGUCCUAACCACUGUGCCAUCUCUCCAGCCCCAACUCUAGGAAUUAAAAAAAAUAAAGACAGUUUUUGCCAAAAUUGAGAAGCAAAAAUAGCUUCUAUUUUAUAACUAUUUGAAUUUAAGCAUUCUUCUAUAGGACUAUUGUUUCUUUUUAUUUCUUCUUUGUGAACUGCAUAUAGUCAUUCAUUCAUUCAUUCAUUCACUCAUUCUCUCUCUUCUCAAGAGAUCUUUCUGUGUAGCCCUGGCUUGCCUGAAAUUCAUUAUGUAGAUCUCUGUCUCAGAACAUGCAGAAAUCCCCCUCAAUCCUGGAAUUAGAGGUGUGUAGCACCACAUCUAGUUUAAAAAACAAAACUAAACUAAACUAAAACCAAAAAACAAUGAACUAAAAAUUUAAAAAUACUGGCUUUUAAAAUUUUUUUACCUUAAAAAAAAAUUCAUUUAUAUAAAAUUUGUAUAUACAUGCAUUCACAUGUGUGGAGGUCAGAGGACAACUUGUAGGAGUCAGUUCUCUUUUUUUCACCUCAUGGACUCUAGGGACUAAACACAGGUCAUCCUGCUUAGUGGCAAAUGUCCUUACUCACUGAGGCAUCUUCCCAGACCUCUUAACUUGCUUAUGUUAAAAUGUCUCUCUCUUUUUUUUGAGAAGGGUCCCACUAUGUAGCACUGGCUGGUCUUGAACUCAACUACCCUCUGUCUCCCAAGUACUGGGAUUAAAAGUGCAAACCAUCACACAGUGUGUUCAGGUCCUCUCUCUUUACCCCCCGGAGAAAAGUUUAGAAUUCUCACAUGGUCUAAUUACCUAAUUUCCCCAGCAUCCUUUGCUAUUAUCCUAUACUGCCAGAAGACAAAGUUUAACAUUGUAACUGAGAGACAGCAGUUAAAACACGGAGUUUGCAAAAAAUGAAAGUUGUAGAUGUACAGAGGAUAAAGAGAACUUCCCACUGGAAUAAGUCAUAUGCCCACCUCUCAGCAUGCCCUGGGUGUAUGCCAUACACAGGAAACUAGAGCAAGGAAACAGUUUCUUCUAGAAAGCCCUGCCAAACUCAGGAUGGUUGAAGAGGCUGGGCCUUUGGCCCAAUCCUUGGCUGGCUGAGGGUCAGCAUGGAAGAAAGCCUCCCCAAGGACCAUAAGAGCAAAGACAAGCCAAAUUGGCAGAGGCGUCAAAAAGGUUUCUUGUUCUGGAUUACUGCCCAGAAGACACAAAGCUCUUUUGGGAUAAACUUUGCCAAAAGUUUGUUACAAGGCUGCACAUACCUUGCCAGCCAUCCAUCAACAUGCACCAACUGCAAACCAAAUUAUAACAUCUCAGGGUAUAAAAAUAGCAUGUUACUUGUGUUCUCAUCACAUUCAAAGAGAAGGACCAAAAUAGCACAGACAAAAAACCUCAAGGCUGUGUGUCCCACUGGCCUGGUAGCAACUAGUUUGUACCUGAGGUCUCUCCAGGAGCUCCUGGGGACAGAGUUCCAGCUACUGCUUCCACAAUGAUCUCCAUGUUCCCUGGACCCUCUUCAGUAGCUGUGGCCUCAACCAGCAGACAGCCUGGGUCAGCAGGCAAAGGUGCAGGCUCCCCAGAAGCACAGGUAUUCUGGACAGGGCCCAGGAUUCCACGGUUUGAGAGAGGUGGGGGAAUCAACAGUAGUUCAGAGCAUAAUCCAUCCAUCUCCCCAGUGCCGUUAGUCAGCUGGGAUGCCAACGCUGGGUCCGUCAUUAUCACUGAUUUGUGUGCUGUGGCCUCCUAAAUGCUGACAAACCAGAAAACACACACAUACACACACACGCACGCGCACACACACACACACACACACACACACACACACACACACACACACACGGUUAGAACUCUUAAUUUCUCUUAAGUUGGCCUCACACAUUUAGGCAUUUCCUUUUAUAGCAACAUGCCAUACUUUAUUAUUCUAAAUCUUCUCAAAACGACAUUCAACACAAAAAUAUGAGAAUAAAAUCAGUAGAGAGUCAACAAGCUGAGGCUGACAUUAAAGAUUACAGGUUCUGUUUUUUGCUAAGUGACCCUUGCAACAAAGCUGAGUGGGUUGGAGGCUCUCUCUCUUACUACCUGAUGACCUCAUUAUUCCUCAGUCUAGCUAUAAUAUCCCUUCACUUAUGGUCCUCACUGACCUAUCUUUCCAGACAUCCCUCCCAUUCUGCCCUCCUAACCAGAUGAUUUGCCAUUCUCUGACCCUUCUGAAUUACAGACCCUUCUACUUUCUUGCCUCUCCCAUUCAACCCAUGGAAAUCUCUUGCCUAGCUAAUCAAAUACUCCUGAAGCAAAUAAACGUUUCUGCUUUGGAUGCUUCCUAACAUUCUGAAUUUUCUCUUUUCUGGGGCCUGACCGCCUCUGUGUGUAGUUCUAUUAGAAACCACACCGCAUUGCUGUGGUCUCCUUAUCAACCUCCUUUCCUAGAUAUAUAGCUCAGCUGUCCAGAAAACAGUGGUGGAUCCUCUGAAGCUGGGGUGGUCAUCAGACACCUGAUUUGGGGGCUGAAAACUGAACUCAGGCCCUCAGGAAGAACAUCUUUUACUCUUAACCACUGAGCCAUUUCUCUAGUUUCAUACUUUUCUUUUAAUGUGUUGCUGAAGAUCAAACCCAGGGCUUUGUGCAUGCUAAGGCGAGCACUGUACAGAUGAGCUAUUAUAUAUCCCAAGUGCUGGAUAUGGAGCGUUGAGUAGUCCAUUGACAUUUUUCACUUCAACCAACACUAAGCACCAAUAAACUAGGUAAGUCAGACAAAAUAAAAAUUUUAGUGGAUCAGCCGAGUUGCAAUAAACCCAGAUAUUUUAAACCAAGGUAUCAAGCCAGUGGUUCCUCAAAUGCAAGGUAAAUUUCCUUUUCACUAACUUACUAAAGCCUCCAGUGGGCACACAACUGAGAAAAAAAAAGAAUUAAACUGUAUACCCUGUUAAACAUGACUGAAAUAAAUGAGACAAUCUUUUAAAUUCCCAGGACUCAGGAGGCAGACACAGGCAGGUGUCUGUGAGUUUGAGGCCAGCCUGGAACAAACACAUAGUGAGUUCCAGGACAGAGCUACACAGUGAGGCCCUGUUUCAAAAAACAAAACUGGGUCACCGAAGUUGAGUAAGAGCCAGGGGAGAGUGGCUAUUCCUUAUUCUGCAGAAUCCAUCCACUUAAAAACAAGAGGGUUGGAGAGAUGGCUCAGCGGUUAAGAGCACUGACUGCUCUUCCAGAGGUUCUGGAUUCAAUUCCCACUAACCACAUGGUGGCUUAAUCUGUUAUUAGGAUCCGAUGUCCUUUUCUGGUGUGCCUGAAGAAAGCAACAGUGUACUCACGUACAUAAAAUAAACAAAUCUUUAAAAAAACAAAUAGCAAAAGUACAGACAGGAAUUCAGAAGGUGGCAGGGAAGGCCACUUGGCUUUUUGGAAAUCACAGCCUCCACCGACUACUUAUUAUUGCUGCUCUAGCCAGUCUUCCAGUCUAUCACAUGGCCCCAGGAAGACGAGGCGAAGGAGGUAGGAGUGAGCCAGAAAAAAGUAACGUGCUUUCUUUGACACCGGAGAAAAAAAGGAACACAGAAGGCGCCCCUGAGUAAGCACCUCAGUUCCCACGCGCCUCUGGGCUUGGACUCACCGUGUGGCCUUGAACAGAUGCACUUGCCUCGCUUCUCUGGGCCUCAGCUUUCCUAUCUGUAAAGUGGAGGCGGCGACAGCCAAGUCACGAGAUCCAGCGGAAAAGAAAGGCGUUUUGAAACCUGCAAGGCUUGGGAUGAUGCAUCGUCACGAUUAUGGUCCUGAGGAGAGGCAGCGGAUACCCGGGCGGGGCCCGGAGCUGUGACGCGACUGAGGCGCCCAAGUGCAGCAGAGAUGCGCCCGAGCCCCGCUCAUCGACGCGCUCCCCUCAGCACCUCCUCCCACGGCUUCCCACCUCCAAGGCCUAUUCAAGCUGGGGCUAGAGAAACUUUUACCUCCAGCUCGCAGCGUCCGCACUUCCCCUGGUUCCCGCCGACAGCCGCUCUCUCACCUUCUACCCCAGGGCUGGCGGGAGCUGCAUCUCUAUGGUCCGACUGGAACUGGCGUGGCUCC